UCAUGGUUUUAUAAUUAAAGUGUUGAUUAUUGAGCUAGUUUUCCAAGUUAGACUCAAAAUUGAGACCGUUCUUUGAUUCGCCCAGCUCAUCCUUCAAAAGAUCUUCACCAUACAUGGUGCUAGCGAAAUCAACUGUGUAUCUUUGAAAGCCAACAAACCAAGGAUAAUAAUAAUACAGCAUUACUCAUUACAUUGAAUCUGGCAGAGCCAUUUUUGACCUCUUAAUAUAACUCAUAACCAAAAAUAAUGGUUAUGACCUAUUAUUUCUAUGUAAACCAAUCCUCACAUCAAAAUAAUUAAGUAAAAAACCACAUUUUAAGUAGUAAAACUUAAUAGAUAUGGUGCUGUAUAAUAAAAAUAUAGAAGACACAAACAAACAUCCAGAAUGGGAUUCUGCAAAGGGCCUAAGAGAACCCAUCAAGGCUUUAGAGGAUAAGUGGAAAAUUGUGCCAUCUUUUCUUCAAAUAAAGGGAUUGGUUAAACAGCAUAUUGACUCAUUUAAUUAUUUUAUUAAUGUGGAAAUUAAGAAAAUAGUUCAAGCUAAUGAGAAAGUGUUCUGUGAUUCUGAUCCUUUAUUCUACAUUAAAUAUUUGAAUGCUUAUGUUGGACCCCCAGACCUAGAGGAAGCUUAUAAUAUAACAAAACCUACAACUCCACAUGAAUGUAGGCUCAGGGAUAUGACAUACUCUGCACCAAUAACAGUUGACAUUGAAUAUAUUAGAGGAAAUCAAAGAGUAAUUAAAAAUAAACAGUUAAUUGGACGAAUGCCAUUGAUGUUAAGGUCAUCAAAUUGUGUGUUAACAAACAAAUCUGACUUUGAAUUAGCACAGUUGAAUGAGUGUCCCCAUGAUCCAGGCGGUUACUUUAUCAUCAGAGGUCAGGAAAAAGUGAUAUUAAUUCAAGAGCAACUGUCUCGUAAUCGAAUGAUUGUGGAUGAAUUUAAAGGGGCUAUACAAUGUCAAGUUACAAGCUCAACCCACGAAAAGAAAACUAGAACAAAUAUUAUUGUGAAAAAUGGGAAAUAUGUUCUAAGACACAAUGCCUUAUCAGAUGACAUACCAAUAGCUGUAGCCUUCAAAGCUAUGGGAAUUUGCAGUGAUCAAGAAAUAAUACAACUUGUUGGUACUGAUGAAUUGGUUAUGAAAAAAAUGGGCCCAUGUAUAAUGGACUGCCACAAUUUAAAAAUAUUUACUCAAAAUCAAGCUUUAGCUUACAUUGGCAGUAAACUUAAAGUGAAGAGAUUUCAGGCACCCAAUGCUAAAGUUAGAACUCCUAUUGAUGAAGCUAGAGAUCUUUUAGCCACUACAAUAUUGGCUCAUGUAGCUGUUGAAAAUUACAAUUUUUAUGUCAAAGCCAUUUACUUAGCUAUAAUGGUAAAAAGAGUAAUUGAUGCUGAGAUUAACAAGGCGGCUAUAGACGAUCCAGACUAUUAUGGAAAUAAAAGACUUGAAUUAGCUGGGUCAUUAUUGGCUCUUAUGUUUGAAGAUCUUUUUAAAAGAUUUAACUGGGAAUUGAAGUCUAUAGCUGAUAAAAUCAUCCCCAAAGUUAAAGCAGCACCGUUUGAUGUUGUGAAACAUAUGAGACCAGAUUUAAUUGCUAAUGGCCUUUUUACUGCAAUAUCUAGUGGAAACUGGACUAUCAAAAGGUUUAAAAUGGAACGACAUGGUGUUACACAGGUUUUAAGUCGACUUAGCUAUAUUUCAGCUUUAGGUAUGAUGACAAGGGUGAAUUCGCAAUUUGAAAAAACAAGAAAAGUGUCUGGACCUCGAUCCUUACAACCAUCACAAUGGGGCAUGCUGUGUCCUUCAGAUACUCCUGAAGGAGAAUCUUGUGGUCUUGUAAAAAAUUUAGCACUCAUGACACAUAUAACAACAGAGUGUUCUGAAGAACCUAUAGCCAAAUUGGCAUCUUAUGCUGGAGUGACAGAUGUUAGAAUUCUUGGAGGUCAUGAAAUCAACCAUCCAGCAUAUUACAUGGUGUUUUUGAAUGGAAACAUUUUAGGCGUAACUAAAGAAUAUAAGAAACUAAUUAAAAUUUUUAGAAAAUUUAGACGCCGCGGCCUAAUUUCAGCGUUUGUAUCUAUUUACCCAAAUCAUAAACAAUCAACUGUUUAUAUAUGUAGUGAUGGAGGAAGGUUGUGUCGGCCUUAUAUAAUUGUAGAAAAGGGCUAUCCGCUAGUCCAGCAGUUCCACAUUAACGAACUUAACAGAGGCAUUAGGAAAUUUCAAGAUUUUCUUACUGAUGGUCUCAUUGAAUACUUAGAUGUGAAUGAAGAGAAUGAUAGCCACAUAGCAACUGUGGAAUCAGAAAUUGAACCAUAUGUGACUACUCAUCUAGAAAUAGAACCAUUUACAAUCUUAGGAGUCUGUGCUGGCCUUGUGCCAUAUCCACAUCACAAUCAGAGCCCUAGAAAUACCUACCAAUGUGCUAUGGGCAAACAAGCUAUGGGUACAAUUGGCUACAAUCAAAAAAAUAGAAUUGACACUUUGAUGUACAACUUAGUCUAUCCACAAUGUCCAAUGGUCAAAACUAAAACUAUAGAAUUGACAAACUUUGAUAAGUUGCCAGCUGGGCAGAAUGCAACUGUAGCAGUUAUGAGUUACAGUGGCUAUGAUAUAGAAGACGCUUUAAUUUUGAACAAGGCGUCAAUCGAUCGUGGUUAUGGUCGAUGUCUUGUCUAUAAAAGUGCAAAAACUAUAAUGAAGCGAUAUAGUAAUCAAACUUCGGACAGAAUUUUAGGUCCAUCUAGAGAUGCUACUACAGGAAAAGUUAUAAAAGCUCACGAAAUUUUAGAUAGUGAUGGUAUAGCUGCUCCAGGGGAGAUGGUUGAAAAUCGACAGGUGUUAAUAAACAAACAGAUGCCCACAGCUAUGUCAAACCCAAUCAGUCAAGGUCAACCACAACAAAUAGAUUAUAAAGAUGUUCCAAUAAUAUAUAAGGGCCCAGUCGAAUCAUAUGUUGAAAAAGUAAUGGUGUCUUCUAAUUCUGAAGAUGCAUUUUUAAUUAAAACAUUACUAAGACAGACAAGAAUACCCGAAAUCGGUGAUAAAUUCAGUUCUCGUCACGGACAAAAGGGUGUAACAGGUUUAAUAGUGCAACAGGAAGAUAUGCCUUUCAAUGACCGCGGCAUCUGUCCAGACAUGAUUAUGAAUCCCCAUGGAUUCCCUUCAAGGAUGACAGUCGGCAAAACUAUUGAAUUGCUAGCGGGAAAAGCCGGGUUGAUGGAAGGAAAGUUUCACUAUGGAACCGCAUUCGGCGGGUCGAAAGUUCGCGACGUGUGCGCGGAGCUUGAGAGGCACGGGUACAACUACAACGGGAAGGACAUAUUCUACUCGGGGCUGACGGGCGAGCCGCUGGAGGCGUACGUGUACUCGGGCCCGGUGUACUACCAGAAGCUAAAGCACAUGGUGCAGGACAAGAUGCAUGCGCGCGCGCGCGGGCCCCGCGCAGUGCUCACGCGCCAACCCACCGAGGGCCGCUCGCGGGACGGCGGCCUGCGCCUCGGCGAGAUGGAGCGCGACUGCCUCAUCGGAUACGGCGCCAGCAUGUUACUAAUGGAACGGCUGAUGCUCGCGUCGGAUGCGUUCAGCGCGGACAUCUGCGGCGCGUGCGGGCGUCUGGCGGGCCGCGCCUGGUGCCACGCCUGCCGCUCCUCCGCCGCCGUGGCCGCCGUCGAGAUGCCCUACGCAUGCAAGCUGCUCUUCCAGGAGCUGGCUUCGAUGAACAUCGUACCCAAACUCACUCUCAAGAAGUACUGCUAGUUGUGUUAAGAUGAAGAAUUGUUGCGGUUACGAUCGUCUAAAAUCAAAAUCGACUGUCUCAAAUCAGCCGUAUAAUUUAAAAACGAAAAAUUCAUAACCAACUCUUAUUGUAACUAGGUAUACUUACCUAAAAUGUCUCAAAUUUUGAGUGAGAAAUUCGUAUCUUUACGUAAUGAUAAUGUGAGAAAUUCGUAUCUUUACGUAAUAGUAUGUUUCAAAUUCAAAUGUUCCUAAACAUUUUUUAAUACAUACUUGGAUUAAUUUUAAUUUAUUAAAUAAACCAUUGCAAACACCUAA